AUGAAGUCUUUUUGUGAUAAUGAUGAUAAUGAUCAUAGCAACACGACUAACUUGUUAGGGUUCUCGUUGUCUUCAAAUAUGUUGAAAAUUGGAGGAAGUGAAGGAGAAGCUCUAUACUCAUCUUCGUCUUCAUCAGUUGCAACUUGUUCUGUUCCACCACAACUUGUUGUUGGUGACAACAGUAGCAGCUAUGGAGUUUGCUAUGGAUCUAACUCGGCAGCUGGGGAUAUUUAUUCUCAAAUGUCCGUGAUGCCACUCAGAUCUGAUGGUUCUCUUUGCUUAAUGGAAGCUCUCAACAGAUCUUCUUACUCAAAUCAUCAUCACCAUACACAAGUUUCAUCUCCGAAGAUAGAGGAUUUCUUUGGGACCCAUCACAGCAACACAAAUCACAAAGAAACCAUGGAUCUUAGCUUAGAUAGUUUAUUCUACAAUACCACUCAUGAGGCAGACAACAACACAAACUUUCAAGAGUUCUUUAGUUUCCCUCAAACCAGAAACCACCAUGAGGAAGAAUCAAGAAAUUACGAGAGUGUCCCUGGUCUGACACAUGGAAGAGGCCCUUUUAAUGUAGGGGUAUAUGGGGAAUUUCAACAGUCACUGAGCUUAUCGAUGAGCCCUGGGUCACAAUCUAGCUGCAUCACUGGCCCUCACCACCACCAGAACCAAAACCACCAAGGCCACAACCAAACUCAAAACCACCAUCAGAUCUCUGAAGCUUUGGUUGAGACAAAUGUUGGGUUUGAGACAACAACAAUGGCUGCUGCCAGGAAGAAGAAGAGAGGACAAGAGGAAGUUGUGGUUGUUGGACAGAAGCAGCAGACUGUUCAUAGAAAAUCCAUUGAUACUUUUGGACAACGAACUUCUCAAUACCGAGGCGUUACAAGACAUCGAUGGACUGGUAGAUAUGAAGCUCAUCUAUGGGACAAUAGUUUCAAGAAGGAAGGUCAUAGCAGAAAAGGAAGACAAGUUUAUCUGGGAGGUUAUGAUAUGGAGGAGAAAGCUGCCCGAGCAUAUGAUCUUGCUGCACUCAAGUACUGGGGUCCCUCUACUCACACUAAUUUCUCUGUGGAGAUAUAUCAGAAAGAGAUUGAGGACAUGAAGAACAUGACUCGUCAAGAACAUGUUGCUCAUUUAAGAAGGAGAAGCAGUGGUUUCUCUAGGGGUGCUUCCAUCUAUAGAGGAGUUACAAGACAUCACCAACAUGGAAGGUGGCAAGCUCGGAUCGGUAGAGUCGCUGGAAACAAAGAUCUCUACCUCGGAACUUUUGGAACUCAAGAAGAAGCGGGGGAAGCGUAUGAUGUAGCAGCUAUCAAGUUCCGUGGCACAAACGCUGUGACUAACUUUGACAUUACAAGGUACGAUGUGGAUCGAAUAAUGUCUAGUAACACACUCUUGUCUGGAGAGUUGGCUCGAAGGAACAGCAACAGCAUUGUGGUCCGCAACAAUAACGACGAGGAAACCGCUUUAAACGCCGUCUUGGACGGUGGUUCGAAUAAAAAAGUGAGUGGUCCGGAGAGGGUUUUGGGUUUUCCUGGGAAUUUCUCGUUGCCUCAAGAUGGUCCGAAGAUGUUCGGAGCAAAUGUGGUCGGAAACAUGAGUUCUUGGACUACAAACCCUAAUGCUGAGCUCAAGGCCGUUUCUAUUACAUUGCCUCAGAUGCCGGUUUUCGCUGCUUGGGCUGAUUCUUGA